CAAUCGGACAGUUACGAAUCGCUAUUCAAGCCGAUCGCAUCGGUUUUGAUUUUAAUUUUGUGGUCCGGAGACAGUUUGUUCUCCCAUUAGGGCAGAAGUGUAUUAUACACACAUUUAGACACACAACAAAACGGCUUAAAUUAUUUAAUUUUUUGUGUCUUUACGCAUUCAUUUGAUGAUAAAUUAAAUCCGACAAUUACUUCGACUUGCGAGUGUUUGGUUCUUAUUUAGUGCACCAAAAUGUUUGAUGUAUUCGGCUCCGUGAAGGGGCUGUUAAAACUCGACCAAGUAUGCAUCGACAACAACAUAUUUCGAUUGCAUUACAAAGCCACCGUUAUCAUCUUGAUUGCAUUUUCGUUGCUGGUAACCAGCAGACAGUACAUUGGUGAUCCCAUUGACUGUAUUGUCGAUGAGAUACCAUUGAAUGUUAUGGACACAUAUUGUUGGAUUUACAGCACCUUUACGAUUCCGAAUCGUUUAACUGGCGUUGCUGGAAAGGAUAUGGUUCAACCGGGUGUCGCUAGUCAUGUUGACGGACAGGAUGAAGUGAAAUAUCACAAAUACUAUCAGUGGGUGUGCUUUGCCCUAUUCUUCCAAGCGAUAUUAUUCUACGUGCCGAGAUACUUGUGGAAGACAUGGGAGGGUGGACGUAUCAAGAUGUUGGUGCUGGACCUAAACUGUCCGAUUGUAAACGAUGAUUGUAAAAAUGAUCGGAAGAAAAUUCUCGUGGACUAUUUCGACGAAAAUCUGAAUCGACACAAUUUCUACGCAUUCCGAUUCUUCUUGUGCGAGGCGUUCAAUUUCAUCAAUGUGGUCGGGCAGAUCUACUUUAUGGACUACUUUUUGGACGGCGAAUUUUCGACGUACGGUAGUGAUGUGGUGCGAUUCACGGAAAUGGAACCGGAAAUGCGCGGCGAUCCAAUGUCUCGCGUCUUUCCGAAGGUGACAAAGUGUACGUUUCACAAAUACGGUCCGUCGGGCAGUGUACAGAAAUUCGACGGACUAUGCGUAUUGCCGCUGAACAUUGUCAACGAGAAAAUUUACGUGUUCUUGUGGUUCUGGUUUAUCAUAUUGAGUGUGUUGAGCGGUGUAUCGUUGGUGUAUCGGGCGGCCGUAUGUUUCGGACCGCGAGUGCGUUUAUAUUUGUUGCGCGCCCGGUCUCGCUUGUCGAAUCACGGUGAAAUCGAAAGCAUUGCCGAAAAGUGUCAAAUCGGUGAUUGGUUUGUGCUGUAUCAAUUGGGUAAGAAUAUUGACCCGAUGAUAUACAAAGAAGUCAUUAGUGAUUUAGCGUCAAAAUUAGAAAAUAAAAAACGGAGCAUUGUUUGACGGGUUCCAUAACGAAUUCGAAUUUAACAGAGAAGAGAUAGAAAGAAAAUCAACGACGGUCAAAUUUACAACAACAAAAAAAAUGUUCGACAAAAUCAUCGACUAUGAUAUUUGCGGUAAAAUAUUUAAAAUGAAAAACGAUGAUUUUUGAAAAUGCCUUCACAUGAUGUGCCUCCAAGACGAUGAACGAAAUGACGAAAAAAUAAAAUAAAUUUAAUUAUAAUUAACAAAAAAAAAAUUAUUAAUCAAAUCGAAACGAGUUCUUUUGUGGUUUAAGUAAAUUAAUUUAAUCAAAGAAAAAUACUUCAACAUCAGCUACCAAGCUACCUAAAUCAUUUUCGGAUCGAAACACAAAUACAAAUUUAAAAUUCAUCAUUUUAACGAAACAUAUGAAACAAACAAAAAAAUCUUGUGAAUGUUAAACUUUACUACAAAAAUAUACUCCGAAAUGCAACGAAGCGACAAUCUAUACACAUUGUGUGAAUUGGUGUGCAACACGAGCAGCUGAGUGGGGACAUUGUAUGUAUAGAUAUAUUAAUACAUAAACAAUCUUAAUACAUGCACAACACAGAAGCGUUGUUGCCUAUUUACCAUUCUUAUAAAUUCAUUUUUUGGUCAAAUUUAUUAUUAAUUUUUUGGAAUUUUUUGUUUCAAUUUUUUUUUUUUUUAAUUCUUUUUUGGACAUAAAAGCGAGAUAAAAAUGUUCGAGAGUACUAUUUUUACGUUUAAAGCGAAUGUUUAAAGCAUUAACUGAUAACAAAAAAGUUUGAUUCCGGUCUUAGAUGUUCGUACGUUCGAACACCGAAUAGAAAUACUGAUAAGGUCAUUCUGUUGUUCCGAUUUUACAGAUUUUACAAGUUAAAAAUUGUAAAUAAAUUUUUAUUUUUUCCAAUUUUUGUUCGAAUCUUUUUCACCAUUCACAACUGGAUCUCGUCUCAGAACAAAACGAUUUAUCGUAAACAAAGAAACCCAAAAAAAAAAAAAUUAAUUCAUCUUCAUGAUAUGGAUGUGUAACACGAAUACACAAUCAUGUAAAGAAAUGAAAUCGUCUUUCGUUGACUUAUACGCGCUCAAUGUAACAGACAAUAUAUAUUGUAGAUAAAAGUGGGUAUACCUAUACCAAUCGAAACGGCGUAGCAGUGUAUUGACUUCUUUAACAUUUUCGUAAAGAAGUGGAUGACGCUCGGCUUCCGUACCACGCUCUUUCUAAGUUAUUCCGAUGAGUAUUUCAGUCUCUCUUUGCGCAUGUUCUCACUAUUGGCCAUGUUAUGUUUACAGUGCAUUUUCAAACGCAACAUCGUAGCAUUUUUUUUUGGUCGAAACGUUACUUUUAUCAAUGGAAAAGAAUCUUUUGUUCCAAAGAUAUCUUUUCGUCAUUGUACAGUGCACAGUCUGUGCAGUGCCUGUUGUAUUCUUGGUUCUAUGAAAUUAACUUUUUUUUAAGAUAAAUUGAAUUCGAAGCGAAAUUCUUUUGAAUUUAUUAUUCAUAGAAAUGUUUCAUGCGUUUUUUGUACUCGAAAAUUGAGUUUUGACUGCACUCCUCCGUACGAAUUUAUCUACCUACAGGCCAACGUUUUUACAAAAAAAAAAAUAUUUUGCUUAAGUAGAUCAAUCUCCUGUCUCUUUUUUGUUUUAAAAACGUGAACACAACGUGGCGUUGCUACAACAUUACCAUGUGCGCUGUACGAAUAUUUACUGUUUAAAUUCCCACAUUUGUUUUGUUCGUUUUUUUUUUGUCGGGCGAUAUAGCGUUAGAGACCAGUUUAGUCAACUAUCGUAUAGUGUUUUUUGAAGAAAAACUAUUUAAAGUUAUACCCGAAAAGACAUUGAGGGACAAAAAAUUUAUUAGAUUUCUUUGAAUGACACAAACUGUGACGAUUUUCAUGAAAUCGUUUUCACGAAAAAUCCAUGCAUUUCUCGUGAAAUUUCGUGAAAUUCAUUUCGUGUGAUACAUGAGAUUUUCGUGGAAUUCAUGAAAUUUUCGUUAAAUUUCAUUAAAUUUCGUGAAAUUUUCGUGAAAUCUCAUGAAAUUUCGUGAAAUUUGUGAAAUCCAUUUCACGAAAAUAGACAUUGGUCACAAAUACAUUCGAGUUUCAGUUAAAAAGUUCAUUGACUUUUAAUCUGUAACGAUUUUCUUGCAACAAACAUUGUUUAAUAAACUGUUUGAGCCGACAAACUGUUCUAUAGUAUACUACGAAAAAUCGAUUCAUCUAAACUUCCCAUCAAUUGUCCAUAAAAAUGUCCAUCAAAUGCACACAAAAAACAAUUGUUCUACAAGUCUGACACUUUUGUAUUGUAGGUCUUGUUGCAAUAAUACGACUAUGGGAAUAUUUUAAUUAUAGAAAUAAUUUUGAACUAUGUCAUUCUAUGGACAUACCUUGGUUUUUUUCCUGAUUAAUUUGUCGAUUGUACAUAAUAUUAUAAACCUUUCAUAGAAUAAACUUCGAUUUUCAACAUCAAACUGUUCAUUGUAUAAUAAUGUUCACAAAGUGUGGAACAAACUUAAAUUUAUUGGAAAUCUAAUUCGGACUGUGUUGUGUAUUAUCACCGAUUCAUUAACAAUUCAUUUGCAUUUGAAAAGUUCUUGUUUGGCUUACAUAAGUUGAUUCAACGCGAAAUCAGCACACUGUUUGUGCUUACAAUUUGGGUUCCAUUUAAAUGAACUAGGUCAAUAUUGGUUAAGAAUCAAAUUAAUUAAUCUUACGAAUAAAAUUUUCCUUGCAAAUUUUAUCGAUGAAAUAGAUCGAUUUUGUUUUACUUUUUUUUUAAAACAAAGACCGUUAUCAGCCGAAAACACAUCAUGCGCACCAAUUUAAUUAAUUGUAUUUUUUAAAAUGAAAAGCAAAUUGUACAUUCCUGUUCAAUGACAUAUAUAUAUCGAUACAUAUCUAUACUGCGAAAAAAAAGUUACAAAAUAAUCAGACAAGAUUAUUCUCUUCGGAUAAUUAGGAAAAUUGCUUGUCGAAUCUCGGGCUUAUCAUAUUUUAUAUUUUCAUAGUAGUUUUUAAACGUUCAAAUUGCAAUCAACAAAUUAUAUAGCCUGCCAUAAUUAUAAUAAUGUAGACGUAACCGUAUUGUAUACCUUGAAAA